AUGAAGCGACAAAAUAAGUAUUUCAGGCAAGCCAGAACUCCAGAUCCACGUAAUCAAGGUAAUAGUCCACAUAUUCGUGGCCAAGGUGACUUUCCGAAGCUUAAUUUAACUCCAUGCAAGUUUUGGAAACUCGGUAAGUGCGAUUGGGGAUGGUCAUGUCGUUUUCUUCAUGGAGAUUCAGUAGAUGAAGAUCCGCGUCGUCCUGAAUAUACUGGUCCACCCAUUGAUUUUACUCAAUUUCCUAGACCAGUUGUUUCUUCUCCACAUUAUAAUGCUCAAUCACCACUCCAUGCUGAAGAUCAAUCACGUGUAAAGCCAUUUCGAAAUCCAGUUGUUGAGAUUAUUUUGGCAAACACAACAUUUAAAUCGCAAUUUUCAAGAAUUCGCGAUACUCUUAGCAGCAGCUGCAUAGAUACAUUAUCGUCAACUGAUAUGUUCCUUAAUGCUGAACAAGCAAAGGCCAGAAUGGAAGAAGAUCAAAGUGAUUACAUUUUGUUUGUAGAUCAGUCUGGAUAUACUAUAAUUCCUGAUUACAUACAAUGUCCAUUACAAAAUGUGGCCCAAAUUAUAAAUCUUAAUUGGGCGGCAAAAUGUAAUAAUUUUACACUCGAACAGCUCGAGUUAUUGACAAAUCAUGAAUUAGAACAAGUCAUUCUGAGGAUUGCUCCUGAUUCUUUAGACAAUAUCGAGGAAACAAUCCUCAAUUUACAAAAUUCAACAGCAGACGCCAUUGCUUCAUCAACUACAGCCACAUGCGCAGUCAAUACUAAGGAUGUAAUGGAAAUCAAGCGAAAAUUACAAGAGUUUUUCUCUCAAUUAAAUCUUGUAAAUACAAUUAUCGCAGAUAUGCCGAUUUACUUGAAUGCUGAGCCGCAGAAAGGAAAGAUAGUUCAAGUUAAACCACCUCCACCAGGUGGAUUGUCUUCUUCUACUCAAAAAGUGCUCUCAUUUAUCAUGGGUCGGUCAUUAUCUCAAAUUCACAUGUGCAUUCACCACAUCAAUAAGUUACUUGGAUGCGUAACACCCGCCAAAACUGUUUUUGCAUCCCCUGACAUCAAGUCGGCCGGUCUGCAUCCAACACCAUUAAGUGCUUCACUUUGUUCGGCUAUUUGUGGCGAAGAAACAGCUCCAAGAGUAGAGUUCGGAAGGAGACUCGAACCGGAAGUGACUGUUGACACGCCUACUCAGUACACGAUAUCCUUUAGGAGUAGUAUGAAUACUGGAUAUCCUCCAUUUGAAUAUGGACUUCAAUAA